AUGGCGUCUCUUGGCCUCUCUAUCGAUCCUGGGAAGGUGAUUUCUCCGCUGUUUACACGUCCAGCUCGGAUAAUAUCGGUAGUGGCUGGCGUAUGGGCUGGUGCCUGGGGCACGUACUAUCUACUACGGGAACUGAAACGGUGUACGACGCUGGCAAAACGUCGACGAAAGUAUCCGCUUCCUAAACGCCAUGGCGAUGAAUCGCAGUGGUUUGGGCAUGUUACCUCUGAAGAGCGGAAGAACAUCGUAUCGCAUUUUAGCUCGAUGAAGUUUUGCGGUCGCUACCUAAAUGUCACACCUGAGUGGCGUGAACAAGGCAUCUGGGAAUGGAUGUGGUGGAAGUUGGUUGAUUCGGUCCUUUGGAACAAGGUUUUUGGGUUCGAUGGUGGUUUGUCACACGAUUUGAAGGACCCGAAAGGGCGUGCUCAUUUGGAAGCUGUGUUGCCAGUGCACCCCUUAGAUACGAAGCAGUUGUGGGGUACAAGUCGUGAUACAUCUACUCCAUCAAAUCUGGACAAGCCUGCUGCGUUUGAAUCGGGUGCAUCGUAUACAUGGCUAGGUCAAAGCACAUGCCUUGUACAGAUGCAUGGUGUGACGAUCUUGACGGACCCUGUGUUUGGCGACCAACCGAUUCCCAGUAUUUUCAGUCCGAAUCGUAUGCGACCUAUGCCUUGUACGAUCCAUGACCUUGUUGACUUGGGGACGAUCGAUAUCGUGCUGGUAUCACACAACCACUUUGAUCAUCUGGAUCUAUCCAUUGUGCCUAAGCUCUCUGAACAUGUUCAGUGGAUUGUGCCUACCGGGGUAGGCUACUUGCUUGAGCAACGUGGUGUCGCUCCGACGCACAUUAGUGAACUGGGCUGGUGGGAUGAGACUGUAUGGCAACAUACUGUGCAUGUACGCACGGCUACGUCGACCACACGUGAAGCCAAGCGACGGCUGGAUGUGGCUGCUGUGCCUGCCAGUCACUGGAGUGCACGAUCACUUUGGGACGUAAAUCGGAGCCUAUGGAAUUCGUACGUCGUUCGUUGUGGUGCACGUGGACGUCGUACGAUCUCUUUGUUCUUUUGUGGCGAUUCUGGGUACAGUCCUUCUCUCUUUUCCGCGAUUGGACGCAUGUAUGGUCCGUUUGAUGUAGCGGCUAUCCCCAUUGGCUCGUAUGAACCACGAUGGCACCUGAGCUUGCAACACAUGGAUCCGCAUGGCGCUGUGUGUGUCGCGAAGGACAUUGGCGCGCGAUCCAGUUUUGGGAUGCAUUGGGGCACAUGGUGUAUGAGUGAUGAGCGAUGGGAUGCGCCUCUACAUGACCUGGCCACGGCAUUGCAAGCCGAAGGCAAGUCGUCCAAAUUUCUACGAACAGUAGCGAUGGGUGCGACGCAUGUGCUGUCUGUGUAA